GCAGUCGUGCUUGUGAUAGGCUACUCGAGCGCUGGGUUCAGCCGCCUUAAAACAGAGGUAACUAGGCAACUUCAGUGUAUCCUGUGCUACGAGAAAAAAAAACCGGUGGGAAAAGGGUUGAAAGCGAUGAAAAUCCCGUCCCAGUUUUCCGGCUGCAAUGGGAAGGAUGUAGUCCCGAUUUAGCCGGCUGUGUCGGGCAUGGGAAAGUGGAUUACUGCGUUUUCUGAGAGCCGUGGACCGCGUACAGAGCUCGCGUUUGGAUUCUAACCAUGCCAAGUAUGGAAACAGCCCCAUCACGCACGAGUUUAAAGCUACUGCAAGGAGAACUCGAGAUGCAGCGUCGAGGCUAGAGGCAGCGGCCAAGUGAGCGUGAGGCAGUGGGGAAGCCCCUCUGGAUGAGCCAGCCACAGGCACCCAGCCGCACAGUAAAGGAAUAACCACUUAAUAUGUCAACAGAGGCCGAGCUCCAGCCUGCUGCCAGACCCAGUGUCAAAAAGGAUUCCAAGAGGAGAGGGCAGGACCGCACUGAGGCAGCUCUGAUAAAGCGCUUUAAAGGGGAUGGUGUCCGCUACAAGGCCAAGCUCAUCGGCAUUGAUGAGGUCACCGCCGCAAGAGGAGACAAGCUCUGUCAAGACUCAAUGAUGAAGCUAAAGGGGAUCGCAGCCUCAGCACGCUCGAAAGGAGAACACAAGCAGAAAGUUUUUCUUACAGUGUCCUUCGGCGGGAUCAAGAUCUUCGAUGAAAAGUCAGGGGUUCUUCAGCACCACCAUGCAGUUCAUGAGAUUUCCUACAUUGCCAAGGAUAUCACGGACCACCGGGCCUUUGGCUAUGUAUGUGGGAAAGAGGGCAACCACCGAUUUGUAGCCAUCAAAACAGCUCAGUCUGCUGAGCCGGUGAUCCUUGACCUUCGUGACCUUUUCCAGCUGAUCUAUGAGAUCAAGCAGAGAGAAGAGAUUGAGAAAAAGGCUCAGAAAGACAAGCAGUGUGAACAAGCAGUUUACCAGACCAUUCUGGAAGAAGAUGUGGAGGAUCCGGUGUACCAGUACAUUGUGUUUGAGGCGGGACACGAGUCCAUCCGUGGCCAAUCAGAGGAGAGCAUUUAUCAGGUCCCUACCAGCCAACAAAAGGAGGGAGUGUAUGACGUCCCAAAGCGACAUCCAAAUGAACAUAAUGGCCAGACCAAACUGCUGGAUCUAGAUGCUGAUCUAGUGCUGUUUCCUCAGAAUAUCCACCAAUUAGAGCUUUUUGGAGACAUGUCCACUCCACCUGAUAUCACCUCUCCCUCAACACCCGCCUCUCCGGCUAGCGCUCUCGACCCAACGCUGCUCCACCAGCCCCCCUCAGAACUGUUUGCUGCAUUCAACCCUGCCUCUGUGCCCUCAGGUUACGUGACAAUGGGAGCAGUGCCCCCUGGCUGGGCACAGCAGCAGUUUGCAGCCCAGGCACCACUGGCAUUCGGAGUUCAGUCACCAGUUCCUAUGGCUCAGGUGUUACCUGGUGGGCAGCCGCUUAUAUGGGGCCAGGCCAACCUCUUCCCCGCCACACAGCAGCAGUGGGCAGCUAUGGCUGGAGCCCACUUCUCACCUGCUGCCUUUGUCCCUGCACAGACCAUGGGACCACUCCCAGCUGCUAUGUUCCAGGCACUGGCACCCAUGCCCAUGGCGGCGGCAUGUCCCACCGCUGGUCCUUCCCCAGGCACACCAACCGCAGGCACCUCAGCCUCCACGGCCUCUAGUCCGCAACAUGGUGAGCGUUCAAUGCCUGGACAGACCAAGAUGAGCAAGGAGAUGUUCAAGGACUUCCAGAUGGCCAAGCCACCACCUGCAGGUACACGUAAGAGUGAACAGCCCAAUCUGGUCUGCACCACAGACGCUUUUACCAGCUACUUCAGCCGGGUGGGAUUGGCACAGGACAACGAUGACUGUGAUGACUUUGACAUCUCCCAAAUGAACCUUACUCCCGUCACCUCCACCACACCGUCCACCAACUCACCGCCCACACCAGCUCCUCACCAGAGCUCCCCAUCUAAGGCAUCAUCGCAGGCCAGUGACCCGCCCACUGAUGACUCAUUCGGGGAAGCGGAGGGCAGCCCCAGCCGCAGCGGCGAGGAGGACACUGCUGGAGACACACAGUCUCCGAGUGUGAGUGAGCCUCAAGCAGAGCCUGGUGGCUCUGAGCCGGACAGUUCUCAGGUCGGUAGCUAGAUAGCGGCAGGUCGGGGGGAAGGACCCUCUCUAUGCCAAGAUCUGCAAAGGGAAGAAGUGAAGGAUCAUGGGAAGACUGCACACAACUGAACAGUGCUCAGGGGGGAGCAAGAGACCAAACCCUUAGAGCCGCUCUGUGUGUGUGGGUGUGUGGGUGUGGGUGUGUGUGGGUGUGGGUGUGCAUGGGCGUGUGUGUGCGUACAAGCGUGUGUGAUCAAUAGAAAGAAUGUGAGUGAAUGUAAGAGAAACGGAAGUGGCAGGAUGAUGACUGUGUGUGUGUGUGUGUGUGUAUGUGUGUGUGUGUGUGUGUGUGUGUGUGUGUGUGUGUGUGUGUGUGGUUGCAUGAGAGUGGAUGGUAUUCAGAGCUCACCUUUGAUGGAUCACUCCAGCCUUCUUGGCCUUCAGUCCUCCUCUGGAUCUCACUCUGUCUGGAGAACUGCAGACUGGACACUCCUCUCUUCUUUAUGUCCUUCCAUCGAGCUCUUUGUUUGUGUCGCUCAAUGUUUCCUACACUCAUAAACUGAAAGUGGAAUAUUAGACACAGCUGAUGAUGAUGACGACGAUGAUCUUCUUCACACUCUUUCUCUUUGCUCUCUCAUUCGUUUGCUCUCUAAUUCUGUCUCACUCUCAUGACAUCUAGCCAGGGUAGUGUGAGUACAAAGUCUGAGAGGUGGCUCAUUCCAUUGUACACACCACACACACACACACACACACACACACACACACUCACUCACUCAAGUGAGAGUUCAAGAAAUCACUGCUUCAUGAUCCUUCAUAAUCCCAGUCUCUGCACUGUCAUCUCUCUGCGUAGUCCAGGCCAGAGCAAUCGAUUACAGAGUAAUCCAUUUGAUCCAUCUAUAGGAUUACGUGAUUCAUCCAUGUGGGUUUGUUUGGUUUUGCUCCCUGAUCUAUUUGAGAUUCUGCUGCUAGAAAGCUAUGCAGAAAUGCAAAUAAAAAAAAAAAUAGAGACUUUGUCUUUCUCUGUGGACUUUUCAGACAGAGAUCUGACUCAAGGAGUGACAUUGCCAAAAUCUCUCUCUCUCUAUCUUUCUUUCUUUCUUUUUUUGCGGGAAAGACUUCUGAGCAGCUCAUACGGAGAAGACGUUGCAACGGCGUGGACGUUGCCGAAACAAGCUGAAUCUGUGACUGAACUGUUCCUUCUCUAUAGCUUUUGUACAAUACUAAUAAGACAAAAAAAAAAAACACAACGUUGAAAACGGGAUUUUUAUUUUAUAAGUCACUGAAGCCCUCGAGGCCGACUUGAGACGUGUUUUAAGGAUAAACAUGGCUUUAAGGCAUCAGAUCAUUGGUUUGCCAAACUCAUUUUGUAAAUAACAAUAACGCUGAUGAUGAUAAAAAAAUAAUGUUCAUUCUUUCCACGGGAGCUCUGUGCCAUAAAAUAGGCAGGCUUAAGUGAUGCAAGCUCAACAUUGGAACCCAAGCAAUAUUUACAUGUGUCGAAAAACUCCCCUCUGUGGAUUAUGUUGCUGUCAACACACUGUGCAUGUUUGGUUUACUUAACAAUGUGGCGCACAUCCUUAGGGUACAAUGAAGCAAAGCUGGUAGUUAAAAUACCUCAAGUGUCAUAGCACAAGACUCAUUAUAGGAUAAUUGAGCAAGUGUAGGCUGACACACUUCCUCCAAUAAUGUUCUGAGCAAGUGAUUGUGCUUCUUGAUAGUUCAACCUUCAUAAAUGAUCUUUAAUCUCAUUUCAGAAUGAAACAAACGUUCCAGUUAUAUACAGACUUGUAUUUUCUUUUACGAUACAUUUCCAAAGUGUGCAUGUUUUUUUAAAAUUAUUAACAAUAAUUAAGCAAGGAAUCUUGAUACUGUUGAUAUCGUAUUUAAAACUAAAUAAGCAAAAGAAUUCACACAGCCGAUCACUGACUGAGUCAUGUACUAAUAACCUUGUGGUAUUUUAGGUAUUUCAGUCUGGUCUCAUUCUCCAGCUGUCCUGCCAUGUAUGUUGGUGUUUAAAAUGUUUUUUUUUGUUUUGUUUUGUUUUGUUUUGAGAUGCCUUAUGUGUCAUCAUGCAUACUGGCACAACCACAAAAAAUGUAUCACCUCAAUCAUUUGCUCUACAUGUGCAUUCCCAAACACACCCUCAAUCUCUCUCUCUCUCUCUCUCUCUCUCUCUCUCUCUCUCUCUCUCUCUCUCUCUCUCACUCACACAUACACACACACACACUCAUGUGUAAAUCAACCUUAUUGUCAAUUUCUAGAAAAUUGCCUUUGGCUACACAAUAGGUAAAACACAGACCACACGCACCCACAACUGUCUUUUAUCAUUUUAUCCCAGAUUAAACCAAGAUCAAACCCUGCUAGUAUCAGUGUAUGUGUGUGUGUGUGUGUGUGUGUGUGUGUGUGUGUGUGUGUGUGUGUGAGAGAGAGAGAGAGAGAGAGAGAGAGAGAGAGAGAGAGAGAGAGAGAGAGAGACAUACAUGAGCAGCCAGUUCUCCUGGUAUUUCAUUACCUGUAAUGACUAAUACUCCCUGUUUUAUGGCCAGAGUCCUGUUUUAAUCUGAGAGCCAUUUUGGCCCUUUAAAGUUCAUAAACUACACUUGGGAUAUAAAAAAGAAGAUUGAGAAGCCAGGAGAAGAGAUCAUUAAUGCUUUGAGUAUGUUUCUAGACAUAUUUUAACUUUACCUCAGCUAAUGGUUUGUUAAUGGUAAAAGGACAUCUUAUUUUUAUCUCAAUGAAGUUGACAUUCUACAGUGGAUUUUUAGAUUUCUUUUCUCUUUUUUCCCCUCUCGAUUUACAUAUCCACCAUGUAAUACUGUACCAAUAAACACAUGAACAAAUUA